AUGGCCUCUGCCCUAUCAGAAGAGCAGUUCAUGUGUUGCAUCUGUCUGGAUUUUUUCUGUCAGCCUGUUUCUAUCCCAUGUGGUCACAACUUCUGCCUCUCAUGCAUCCGAGAAUUCUGGGAUAAAGCUGAGCGCAGUGAAUGUCCACUGUGCAAGGAGGGCUUCCGGCGAAAGCCGGAACUCCGGGUCAACCAUGCCCUUGCUGAUAUCACUGAGGGAUUCAAAAGGUCCUUCCAGGUCAAUUCAAAUCAGGUCAGAAGGCCAGAACUGGGCCAAAGGGACAGGAAAGUAGAGGAAGAGGGGAUGUCUGGGAAAUGGGAUGUCUGCCCCAGGCAUGGAAAGCCACUGGAAGUUUACUGCAGGACGGAGCAGGCGGUCGUGUGCUCAAGAUGUGUGGAGAGUCAGCACAAAGGACACCAGACAGUGGCUGUGGAGAGAGAGAGCAAGAGGAUGAGGGGGGAACUGCGUGAGGCAGGGUCCAGACUGCUGCGGAUGAUCCAAGAGCGCACGGGGAAGGUGGACGAGAUCAAACUCUCUCUGCAGCUCAGCAAAAGAACCACCGAGAAGGAGAUGGAGCAGAGCAUGCAGGGCUUCACUGCCCUGCUGCGCUCUAUCGAGAGAAGCCAAGAGGAGCUGCUGGAGGAGCUGAGGGAGAAGCAGAGGGAGCUGGAGCAGCGGGGCGGUGCACUCCUGGAAGAGCUGGAGAAGGAGCUUGCCGACCUCGUGAUGAAAAAGUCGGAGUUGGAGCAGCUCUUAGACACAGAGGAUACACUGCACCUUCUCCAAAGUUUCCACUCUGUGGCGUGUCCUCCUCGUACUAAGGACUGGUCCCAGACCUGCAUCAGGAACGAUGAGCGUGUGGGCACAGUGAGGAGAGCCAUGGCCAACCUGGAGGAGUUGCUGCGCAGCCAGGAGCGGAGCCUGUGUGAAGCUGAAUUGCGCCAGAUCCAGCGAUAUACGGUGGAUGUGACCUUUGACCCCCGGACCGCUGCCCCCUGGCUCAUCCUUUCCUCCGACCUUAAGCAAGCCAGUCUGGGCUACCAGCCCCUGUCUGAUCUUGUACCGCCCAGCCCCCUGCGCUUUGACUCCUGUGUGUGUGUCCUGGGACAGCCAGGAAUUACCACCGGGAGGCACUACUGGGUGGUUCAGGUUGGAGGCAAGACAGACUGGGAUCUUGGUGUGGCACGAGAGUCGAUCAACAGGAAGGGUUCCAUAACCGUUCGGCCCGAUCAAGGUUUCUGGGCCGUGUGCCGUCGGAGUGGCGGUCACCUGAGUGCCUGUGCCGGACCCUCCAUCCCACUUGUCUCCUUCCGUGAAAGGCCCCAGAGGGUGGGGGUGUUUGUGGACUAUGAGGAGGGCCUUGUCUCCUUCUAUGAUACUGAUGCCAGAUUUCACAUUUAUUCCUACACUGGGUGCACCUUUGCUGAAACACUGUACCCGUACUUCAACCCCUGUCUCCAUGAUGACGGGAAGAACAUUGCCCCUCUUCUCAUCUGUCCUGUUGGGGGAGAAGUCAAGACCUCUGAGGCAGAUGUUAGGGUGGGGAGGUCGUCAAUGUCUGGAAGCCACAGGGUGCAGAGCCUGUUUUAGGAUCAGUGAUGUCUUGCACUGUGAAUUAGGAAUGAUAAGUCUCUUCUCAGACAAGAUGUGCCCGGUUCUUGAUGGGGGAACUGCGUGAAGCGGGGUCCAGACUGCUGCAGAUGAUAUAGUGUCAGAGUCUGAAGGACCAGAAUCCCAGAGGUGAGUGUCUAUGGAAAGGUUACCAAAUUGAGUUGUGGAGGGCCAGAGUCCAAUAGAGUUUGGUGAUUUAUUCGCUCUAACACAUGGAAAUAUUUAAACUGUGCUGGACUGUUAUUUGCUUGGGACCCCAUUCACUCUUUAGUCAGUGACUUCUGUGAAACCAUUGUCCAGAACCAAUCUGCAGUCUUCAAUAGAGCAAGAUGACCAGAUUUAAAGCAAUAACAUAGUGUUAAGGCUACUCCUACAGUGUAAGAAUUUAACACUUGCACCUUCAAUAUGUAUUCAUUUUUAUACUGAGCUGGAUUGGUUUGCUAAACACAAAGACUAACCUAAAGAAACAACCGUAUACAUCAAAUAUAUUGUAUUGUUCAGAAUUUAUCCUUUGUUGAUGUCAUUGUUGAUGUUGUAAAUAAAACGUUCCUAAACAUUAAACCAAGAAAUUUUGUGCCAGGUGGUUGACAGUGGGGAUAAAACAGCAGACAGAAAUAAGAAU